AUGCCUUCUGAAGUUCUAUCUUAUCCGGAAGAAUACGACCUGGUAGUACACCAGGGCCGUGGUCUUGGUCAGCUCUUCGAGACCAAAGCGAGGCAAUCACUCGAUUCUGUGGCGGUGAUUGACGGCGAAAUUACGCUCACCUACGAAGAAUUGCACCUCCAAGCUCUGCAAAUCUCCCAGGAACUAUUCAAAGACAACCUGCAGAUUGAAGAGCCUGUCGGGAUACUUGUGCAGCAUGGCUGGGCAGAUGUUGUGGCUCAGAUGGCAAUCAUCUACGCUGGAGGAAGUUGCGCACCGAUGGACCCAGCAUUACCAGACGUGCAAAUCGAGGGUCGCCUAGAGAAACUUGGAGCCCGUUACAUAUUGGUUGACCGGGCGAACAUGAGCCGAGGGAUUCAUUUUCAGCAAAUCAUUUUGGACGAUUAUCCAAUUUGGACACCCCAAGAUGCCUGGGAAGCAGAAAAAGACCUCCCGGUCAUCACCUCACUCGAACAUCGAACACAUUUGAUUCACACAUCGGGCACAACAAGCGAGCCAAAGGCGGUCCAGAUUGCUGCUCGCUCAAUCUUACAAGUUGUAUAUCAUGCACCAUUUGAGCCCAUCGAUUCUACGGAUACUGUUGCUCAUGUGAAUAACACGAGUUUCGAUGUGUCGCUGUUUGACAUAUGGGUGCCUCUCUUGCGUGGAGCCCGGAUUGCUGUCUUGAGCAAGGUCAUCUUACUGGACCUUCCAGCAAUGGCAGCGGCAAUCAAGGAGAAUGAUAUUACAAUCAUGGCCACGACAACCGCCCUCUUGAACCUCGCGGCCUCGACCUUUCCGCGUGCGUUUUCACAGCUGAAGAUAUGUUUCAUUGGAGGUGAAGCUGCGAACGUGACUGCUAUUGAGAAGAUCAUGCAGCAAGGUCCGCCGCAAAACCUAAUCAAUGCGUACGGGCCAACAGAAUGCUGCAUCUUUUGCCUCGCCCAUAAAGUCACACCGGAGGACGUUCAAAGUGGCAGUGUCAGUAUCGGUAAGCCAAUUGGCAAAACUAUUGCUCGCAUCUGUGAUGAAACUGGAGCACCAGUUUCGGAUGGAGAGGAAGGCGAACUAUGGAUUGGCGGAGCUGGCGUGUCUCCUGGAUACGUUAAUCGACCCGAAAAGGAUCAGUCAGCUUUUGUGUACUUGCCGAACGAGAAGAAAGCCCAAAGAUUCUAUCGCACGGGAGACAGAGUCAAGAGGCGCCCUGACGGGGAGAUCGAUUAUGUGGGACGACAGGACCAUCAAGUCAAGGUCCGCGGGUAUCGCAUUGAGCUCGAAGCUGUCGAGACCGCAAUGCUCCAAACUGGACAGUUCUCCGAGGCCGUGGCAUUGAAGGUAGAAGCAGGUGGUGAUGCAGGCUCUAUCCUUGUUGCAUUUGCUGUGGCAACCUCAACUAAGCCUCGUGCAAUGGUCAGUGCCAUUGAUUCACUGAAGAAUACGCUUCCUGACUACAUGGUCCCGCAAAUUGAGUUAAUGUCGAAAAUGCCCCUCAACAGUCACGCAAAGAUUGACCGCAAAUAUCUUGUCAAUUUGUACCGUGAGCGGUGGGCAAGUUCCAACACUCUUUCGACCAAGCAAAUCAACACUGGAAGUACCCUGCAGCAACUGGCAAGCCUUUGGGUCAAUAUACUUGGGCUCUCAUAUCUGCCACAAGAUCCCGACACCGAUUUCUUCAAACUUGGGGCGACAUCCCUCCAAGCAUCGCUUCUCAUCAGCCAAAUUCGAAAGAAUCUGGGAGCAGAUGUCUCACUUCUCACACUCUACGACCACUCCAACCUCGGCGAUCUGGCGUCGACUAUUGAAAAGUCGCAAGACCGCAUCGCCGACACUGUUCGCCAUGAGGAGAAUACCUGGAUCGAAGACACCCAUAUCGCGGAUGACCUUGCUCCCCCAUCAGGACCGGCCAUUGACUGGCGCCGGGAUACAGAAGGUCGUGUGUUUUUCACAGGAGGCACUGGCUUUGUGGGUGCGUUUCUUCUGGCCGACCUCCUUCGCACUCACGAGGUUCAUCAAGUGGGAUGCUUGGUGCGUGCUGCAAAUCCGACGAUAGGUCUCGAGCGUAUCAAACGAGCAAUGGGAAAAUACGGCCAGUGGGAGGAACGCUUCGUUGAUAAAUUGCUGGUCCUCUGUGGGAUAUUGGAAGAUGUUUACCUGGGUCUCGGCUAUGAGCGUUUCCACGAAAUUGCGAGCUGGUCGAGUGUUAUUUUCCACCUGGGCGCCCGAGUCAACUACACUCAGCCAUACUCUCUUCAUCGCCCUGCCAACGUCAUUGGUACGAGAAAUAUUCUGCGCCUCGCAUGUGCGGGGGGUCGCACCAAAGCAGUCCACUAUGUCUCCAGCAUCUCCUGCUUUGGCCCAACUGGAUUCGUGACGGGAACUAAAUUGAUCACUGAGGAUGAGCCCCUUCUCAAGCAUGUCAAGGCACUCGCCUAUGACCACGGGUACGCCCAAUCUCAAUGGGUCGCCGAAACCUUGCUGAGGCGUGUGAUGGACCGCAAUUUCCCCGUUGCCAUCUACCGCCCCGGUUUCAUCACUGGUCACAGUAAAACUGGAGCCUGCAAUCCGGAUGACUUUUUCAGUCGCCUGAUUCAUUCUUGUGCUGAAAUGGGGUGUUACCCUCUGCUCCCAAAUCAAAGGAAGGAAUUUGUUCCGGUUGACUAUGUCAAUGCUACGAUUCUACACAUCGCCUCGUCCGCAUCGUCUUCACUGGGUCACGCCUACCAUAUCGUUCCGCCUAGUCGCAACUCGUCGAUCGACAUGAAUGAGACAAUGGACCUCGUUGGAUCUGCAUCUGGAACUACCAUCAAAGGGAUUCCUUAUCAAGAAUGGAUAGACAUCCUAGCUGAGAAAUCCCCCGCCAGACUGCAGCCGCUUCAGCCCAUGCUCGCUGAAAAAGCGCACGAGGGGUUGACCAGGUGGGAACUAUACGAGAAUAUGCCCGUGUAUGACACCACAAACACAGAUCGUAUGUUGGAUACUUUAGAAGGCGGUCUUGAGUUUCCGGUCCUCGAUCGAGGACUCAUGGACAAGUAUGUGUCAUACCUCUCGGGCUUUUAG